AUGGCUUCAACCCUGCGGCGGCGUAUCCACGAAGGCGACGACGAAAAAAUUGAGUCGGUCAAGACCAGUGACGGCCCAGAGCCAAUUGCUACUCGCCAGGUGGAAGUCGUCACGAAGACGCGCAAGCGACGAAAUACCUUUAUUUUCCUCCUCGGUGGUCUUUGUGGUCUGGUUGCUGCUGGCUUCUUUGCUUCCACAAACAAUCUAAUUGAGUUUCCCGAGCUCGGAGGUUUGGGAUUGGAUACUAUUAUCGAUGUUUUACCUGCUGGCCUGGUUCGAGAUGUUCGCGAUCUUGUGCAAGGUGAAAGGGAAGUGACUGAGUCGUAUGAUUCGUUCGCAGUUGGGAUGAAGGCUCGAGCUGAAGGUCUCAGUGCCCAUCAUCCCGUUAUAAUGGUACCAGGUGUUAUUUCCACUGGCCUUGAGUCAUGGGGCACAUCUAACAUCUCGCGACCAUACUUCCGCAAGAGACUCUGGGGCAGUUGGAGCAUGCUGCGUGCUCUGGUCUUGGACAAGGAAACAUGGAAGAAGCAUAUUAUGCUUGACAAGAAGACCGGCCUUGAUCCCCCGGGAGUGAAGCUUAGAGCUGCACAAGGAUUCGAUGCCACGGAUUUUUUCAUCACAGGGUACUGGAUUUGGGGCAAAAUCUUUGAAAACUUGGCCACGAUUGGAUACGAUCCUACCAACUCCUACACCGCCGCAUAUGACUGGAGACUCUCUUACCCUAACCUCGAAGUGCGUGAUCACUAUUUCUCCCGCCUCAAGGCAUACAUCGAGGGUGCGGUAGAGCUAGAGGGCAAGAAAGUCGUGCUUGCAUCACACAGUAUGGGGAGUCAGGUUAUGUUCUACUUCUUCCACUGGGUGCAAUCCGACAAGGGCGGUCAAGGUGGUGAACAGUGGGUUGAGGAUCACGUCGACUCGUGGAUCAAUAUCAGCGGUUGCAUGUUAGGGGCUGUCAAAGAUCUCACAGUGGCGCUCUCUGGGGAGAUGAGAGACACUGCACAACUCAAUGCUAUUGCAAUGUAUGGACUUGAAAAGUUUUUGAGUCGAGAGGAGCGAGCUGAAAUCUUCCGCUCAAUGCCUGGCAUCGCAUCUAUGCUACCUAUUGGAGGUAAUGCAAUUUGGGGUGACAUGAAUGGCGCACCUGACGACCUUCCCGAUCAAAACUUCACCUACGGAUCUCUCCUGAAUUUCCGUGUUGAUCACCCGACUGCUGGUAGUGGUGGUGAUAGCAACAUGACUCUUGAUGAUUCUAUCGAGUAUCUAUUCAAUACCGCGGACGAUUGGUUUACUGAAAGCGUCAAAAAGAGUUAUUCACAAGGCGUCGCUCACACAAAAGCAGAGGUCGAGGCUAAUGAGGGCGAUCCACGGAAAUGGGUGAAUCCACUGGAGACUCGCCUACCAAAUGCUCCAAACCUGAAAAUAUACUGCUUUUAUGGCGUAGGCAAAUCCACGGAGCGAGCGUAUUACUAUCGCGCACCUGACCAAGGCUCCAUCAGCAAGCUGAACAUCACCAUUGAUACAGACCAUACUAAUGGCGAGGUCGAUCACGGUGUCAUAAUGGGUGAAGGUGAUGGGACUGUCAACCUUCUCAGUACAGGAUACAUGUGCAAUCGUGGAUGGCAAAUGAAGAGAUACAACCCUGGUGGCUCCAAGAUCACCGUCGUGGAGAUGCCUCAUGAGCCGGAGAGAUUCAACCCGAGGGGGGGUCCUAAUACUGCUGACCAUGUAGACAUCCUCGGACGACAAAACUUGAACGAACUGAUACUCCGCGUUGCGGCGGGCAAGGGCUCUACUAUCAACGAUUUCAUUGCCAGCAAUAUUAAAGAGUAUGCGAAGAACGUCAAGAUCACCGAUGACGAAUAA